AUGAAUUUCAAUGGACAUAAGUCUGAACAAGAACAACGAAAAAUGAAAGAGUCCAUAUUUGAAUUGAAAGAAGUACAGACUACUCUUAGAUACGAAUGGCCUCAGUGUUUACAAGAAAACGCUAAUCCUAUUGAAAUGGCAGUAUCCCUUCUUGAUGAUACAUCUGUGGGGAUGGCAUAUAAGUUACCGGAGUUCCAGGACUUAUCGAAACAGACAAAAACUGCCUUACGACAUGUUGUGAACGAGCACCAUGAUAUUUUCAAUAAUAGUAUUGGUUCAUACCAUGUGUUACUUUCGACCCUUCAGGAAUCACAGCAUGAUUCUAUACAGAUAAAAGAAAUGCUUGAAUCUGCAACUACAGAAAUCCAUAAUCGUUCAGACGUGUUGACAGAGUUGAACCAAACAUCCGCAAGGUAUUCUGAAAUGAUUGAAAUUUUGGAUGCAAUGGACGAAUUGGUUUCCAUACCUGAUAAGAUAGACCAGCUUAUUAUUGAUAAAAAGAUCCAUCAGGUGUAUGAUGUGAUAUCGCAUGGUUAUAAGGUUGCAGAACAAUAUAAUUUAUGGUCAUUAUCUGCAAUGAGUACUACCAAAAGUUAUUUGGAACUGCAGUCCAAUAAUUUGUUUGAUAUGAUUGUCGAUGAAUUACAGAACGAAAUAUACUUGAAGAGCUCUACGUUACUGAAUGAUGGAUCUUCCGGAAGCAGUGUCCUAUCGUGGCUGGCAUUGGGUACUUCCGGGAAGCCUCAGUUGUCCUCUAUCAAGGCUUUAGUUACAGAACUGAAUAAUCUAGAGCAAUAUAUUUAUAAUUCAGCGAAUUUGGAUAUAUCAGAAAUUGCUGAUUGCUUUUCUGAACCGGUUGAGGAAUUUAUUGUCAACCAAUUGCCCAAACUUCACACACAUUAUUCUAAUAGUGACUCCGAGAUAGAUUAUUCAAUAAUGAUUGAUGCAGCUCUGAAUGAUAAUUCAAAGUCUUAUCAUUAUAUAUACAAGUUACUAAAUACUGCAUCGAAGUUAAACCGUUUACCUCAAGUAUUGGAAAUACUUACCAAUUCAAACCAGCAAGAAUUACAUGGAUUAAUAAAUAGAACAACAGAAGAAGCUAAGCUGAGAAAUAUGCAGCAUUUGAAUAAGCUAGCAAAAUUGAAAAACUUAGAUCAUUCCUAUGCUACAGAUAUGAUCAGCGGAAGUACAUUUAAUGACUACUCAGUCGUUAUUCUACAAGAUUUAUUCGGAUCUAUAUUCAUAAAGGCUUUAGCUGUUUUACAAAAACAUAAAGUAGUAACAGAGAUUGUCGAGAUGAUCAAAGUAAGGGAUUCUUACAAUAUAACACAUAACUUUGAUAAUAUUUGGGGUUCCAUUAGAAAGGAAUUGCGAGCUUUAAUGAUCAACUAUACAUAUGAUGUUCCAGUAUUUGGAUUAAAUCCAAUCAAUGGAGGUAAUGAAAUAAACAAGCAAAGUGGUUUACAUGAAGUUUUGCAGAGAAAUGAUUUAUUCAAAUUUGAGGAUGUUUCCUACGACAAAUCGGCGAAAACUACGGAAGAUAUGAAAACCAUAUUGCAAGACAUGUUUCCUGGAUUUGUUUUAUCUGAUUCCGAGUCAAAGUUUGGGAGUACUAUCAAGUCGAACUCGUUCGAGAUCGAAUCUCCAUAUAUCAAAAAUGAAACGUUCAAUGCGUUGGUGGAAGUUCUUGUCCCUAAAAAUAUAUUCAACAUGAGAAUAAUUCUAGAAUUUUUAUUAGUCUUUAUUGCUGGAUCUCAAAGAUUAUUUGCUAACUUUUCUAAAGAAGAGAAUCUUUCAAACGUACAAAAUAAUACGGCGCUCAAAUUCUUUAAUGAAUAUAUGAAAGGUUCUUUCCUUCCAAGGUUAAGGGAAAAUCUCGAUAAUGCAUUCAAAGAGUACGUUAGCGGCAGAUCUAAUUUUGAACAAAAUUCUAUUGCCGAGCAUGAAAACCCAGAUAUUAAUAACUCAGUGUUAUCGGGAUUUAAAGCAGAAGUUACGCCAUUGGAUCAGAUUGAAAAUGAUUCGAGUUCGCUCGUAAUUAACACUACAAGUAAUUCUUCUGCCAUGAUAUUUCAAAAUGCAUUAGAUUUUAGACGUUUAUUCACCAAUGCUUGUUCAGUUUUAAACACAUCUUUGACAUACCGUAAAGACUUUAGUGAUUUAUGUUUGCAUUUUUUGAGAAAAUUUUCAAAUACUUAUGCACAGUUUUAUAACGAAUUAUUACUUCCAAGUGGAGCACAAAACAAUGGUGAAAUUUCAAUGAACGGGAGUAAUACUUCUAAACCUAGCCUGCAGCUCAAUUCAUGGAUGCGUAUACCAGCUUUGAUUGAGAUAUCGAACAUUAUAUUACAACAAGAUUCAACUCCGAAGGAUUUUGAUGCACUCCUUGAUAAGGAGAUCGAAAUUAUGACGUAUAAUAAUGACAAGUCUAAACACAUUUUUGAUAUUACAAAAGACGACUUUCUAGAUAAUGACUUCAUUAACCAAGUAUGUUAUCUUUUGUUAACAACAUCUUGGAUUUUGACAUGGUUGCCAUUAAUGAAAAAAGAAUCAAACUAUACAGUUUAUAAUGACGAUGUUGAUACUGUAAAAUUAUCUACAGUGGAUAAGUUGAAACAUGAUUGGUGCUUCCUCGAGAAUGGUCUCACUAGUCCUACAAACUUGGAUAAUAAGCAAAGGAACGUAUAUUUGGCGUUGAAUUCUGAUAAGGUUCACCAAUUUAAUGAAAUAAUUAAGACAUUCGAGGUAAUAAGAGACGGUACCUUAGUUGCACUUAGAUAUGAUUUGAGGUGUAAGGCUAUUUAUUAUAUCGGAAGGUCUUUCAAAGAAGGUGAAUGGCUUCCAAGUUCUGAGCCAGGUGAUGCUGAUCAAUACAUUGGAUUGUAUAAUAAAGAAGCGUUUGCGGUAGAGAAUAAAUUGAAUAAUAUCUUAAAUGAUAAUGAUAAAAAUGGAGUUUUUGUUGGUUUACCAAAAUUUUUGAGCGAAUUAAUGAUAAAAGGGUCCUAUAUCAUUCCAAAGAUUAACACUAAUGGCAUUAAGAAAAUAUUAUUGAACAUUUUCACACUACAACAAAUGUUGCGAAAUGUAAUGAAUGAUGCCGAAAGUGUUGAUUUUACUAAACCAUCACUGUACUAUGAGUUGUUUACGAGACACGAACAAGAAUUUUUAGAAAUUGUUAAAAGAAAUCAUUUGAAUUUUACUUCGAAAGAAAUACAAAAUCUAGUCAGAUUGCUCUAUAGUGAGAAACUAGCUGAUGGACGUGGAAGUUCAUUCCAUAAGUCGAAGUUUACCGAGCUUGAGAGAAAGAUUACUGAAAUUUUAAAUUAA